UCCUCUCCUAAGAGGGGCCUGUCCCGAUGCUUCCUCUCCCUUCAACGCUGCUGCUGUUGCUCGCUGCUGGAUGAUGGCGGCCAGUAUUUUAAAAAAUAGCAGCGAAAUUAUUCAUCGGCUUCUUUCCCCCCCGUGCCUCUGCGUGUGUGCGAGUGUGUGUGCGUGCGUGUGUGCGUGUCUGGGCGCGCGUGUUCCAGCGCUGUGCGAGCGGGCGGGCGGCGAGUGCGUGUGAGUGGUGUGUGUGUGUGUGUGUGUGUGUGUCUGCGUGUGCAAUUGUUACACGCUUUCGCCUCGCUCCAGCUUUUACCCCAGCAGCGCGAUUCCCCCCGGUUCUCCUGCUGCCGCCGCUGCCGCUGCUGCGCCGCUGCUGCCGUUGCUCCCGCGGCUCUGGGCGGGCACCGGCUGUGUAGGAGCCGCCGCCGCCGCCGGGGCCGCCGCUGGGGCCGCGCUGCCGCAGCCGCUGCGCCGCCGCCUAGACUAGCCUGGGCUGCUUGUUUUGUCUCUGAAAUUGACAAGGACGCAGGGAAUCCGCUGCUAAAUAAUGUUUCUGUACGAUGAGCUGCCCCAUUACGGCGGGAUGGACGGAGUAGGGGUGCCUGCUUCCAUGUACGGAGACCCUCACGCGCCGCGGCCGAUCCCCCCGGUUCACCACCUGAACCACGGGCCGCCGCUCCACGCCACGCAGCACUACGGAGCGCAUGCCCCGCACCCCAAUGUCAUGCCGGCUAGCAUGGGAUCCGCUGUCAACGAUGCCUUGAAGCGGGACAAGGACGCGAUCUAUGGCUCUGGUCUUUGAGAAGUGCGAGCUGGCGACCUGCACUCCCCGGGAACCCGGAGUGGCCGGCGGAGACGUCUGCUCCUCCGACUCCUUCAACGAGGACAUCGCAGUUUUCGCCAAGCAGGUUCGCGCCGAAAAGCCACUUUUUUCCUCAAAUCCAGAGCUAGACAAUUUGAUGAUACAAGCAAUACAAGUAUUAAGGUUUCAUCUUUUGGAGUUAGAAAAGGUCCACGAACUGUGCGAUAACUUCUGCCACCGGUACAUUAGCUGUUUGAAGGGGAAGAUGCCCAUCGACCUCGUCAUUGAUGAAAGGGACGGCAGCUCCAAGUCAGAUCACGAAGAACUUUCAGGCUCCUCUACAAAUCUCGCUGACCAUAAUCCGGCAUCUUGGCGAGAUCACGAUGAUGCAACCUCCACCCACUCGGCAGGCACCCCCGGGCCCUCCAGCGGGGGUCACGCGUCCCAGAGUGGAGACAACAGCAGUGAGCAAGGGGAUGGUUUAGACAACAGUGUAGCGUCACCUGGCACAGGUGAUGAUGAUGACCCCGACAAGGACAAAAAACGCCAGAAGAAAAGAGGCAUUUUCCCCAAAGUAGCAACAAAUAUCAUGAGAGCGUGGCUCUUCCAGCAUCUCACACAUCCGUACCCUUCCGAAGAGCAGAAGAAACAGUUAGCGCAAGACACAGGACUUACAAUUCUCCAAGUAAACAACUGGUUUAUUAAUGCCAGAAGAAGAAUAGUACAGCCCAUGAUUGACCAGUCAAAUCGAGCAGUGAGCCAAGGAGCAGCAUAUAGUCCAGAAGGUCAGCCCAUGGGGAGCUUUGUGUUGGAUGGUCAGCAACACAUGGGAAUCCGGCCUGCAGGACCUAUGAGUGGAAUGGGCAUGAAUAUGGGCAUGGAUGGGCAAUGGCACUACAUGUAACCUUCACCAUGUAAAGCAAUCGCAAAGCCAGGGGGAUGUUUGCAGAGCAUGCCAGGGGACUACGUUUCUCAGGGUGGUCCUAUGGGAAUGAGUAUGGCACAGCCAAGUUACACUCCUCCCCAGAUGACCCCACACCCUACUCAAUUAAGACAUGGACCCCCAAUGCAUUCAUAUUUGCCAAGCCAUCCCCACCACCCAGCCAUGAUGAUGCACGGAGGACCCCCUACCCACCCUGGAAUGACUAUGUCAGCACAGAGUCCCACAAUGUUAAAUUCUGUAGAUCCCAAUGUUGGCGGACAGGUUAUGGACAUUCAUGCCCAAUAGUAUAAGGGAACUCAAGGGAAAAGGAAACACACGCAAAAACUAUUUUAAGACUUUUCUGAACUUUGACCAGAUGUUGACACUUAAUAUGAAAUUCCAGACAGCUGUGAUUAUUUUUUACUUUUGUCAUUUUUCAUCAAGCAACAGAGGACCAAUGAGACAAGAACACAAAUGUGAAAUCAUGGGCUCACUGGGACAAUUCUGUCCAUGUAAAGAUCCUCUGGAAAAAGACUCCGAGAGUUAUAACUACUGUAGUAUAAACAUAGGAACUAAGUUAAACUUGUACAUUUCUGUUGAUCACUCCGUUAUGUUGCCUCAAAUAGUUUUAGAAGAGAAAAAAAAUAUAUCCUUGUUUUCCACACUAUGUGUGUUGUUCCCAAAAGAAUGACUGUUUUGGUUCAUCAGUGAAUUCACUAUCCAAGAGAGACUGUGGUAUAUUUUAAACCUGUUGGGCCAAUGAGAAAAGAACCACGCUGGAGACCACGGUGAACUUGUGGCUGAACCUCACUCACCCCUGGGACUCCAGCUUCAAGAAUGCGUUUCCGGAAAUGCCCGGCCUUUGUUCCUCCAUAAAUGUGUCCUUUAGUUUCAAACAGAUCUUUAUAGUUUGUGCUUCACAAGCCAAUUCUUAUUAUUAUUUUGGGGGACUCUUCUUCAUAGAGCUUGCCAAUGAAGAUUUAAAGACAGAGCGGGAGCUUCUUCCAGGAGUUCUAAGCCUUGGCUGUGAACAAAACAAUCUUAAGUUGGGCAGCCCUCCUCAACGCGAACAAGUUACGAAUGCUCAUGGCACCACGACUAGGACUUUAUCAGAAACUCAAAGCUUGGGGGAUUAAAAAAAAAAAAAAGGAGCAAGAGAAUACUGUAACAAACUUCGUACAGAGUUCGGUCUAUUAAUUGUUUCAUGUUAGAUAUUCUAUGUGUUUACCUCAAUUGAAAAAAAAAAGAAUGUUUUUGCUAGUAUCAGAUCUGCUGUGGAAUUGGUAUUGUAUGUCCAUGAAUUCUUUUCUCAGCACGUGUUCCUCACUAGAAGAAAAUGCUGUUACCUUUAAGCUUUGUCAAAUUUACAUUAAAAUACUUGUAUGAGGACUGUGACGUUAUGUUAAAAAAAGGUGUUAAGUCACAAAAUGCGGUAAUAAAUAUUUCAUUUUUGAUUUUU